GGCGUGAGAGACCUGCCUGUUGGCAAUCGAUUGUGUUGAGGGUUUGUAUCAAGACGUGUAUUCAGGGUGGGACAUAGCGCCAUAGUCACGUGACCAUGAUGGCCCUAGCACAAUAGACAUUUCUACAGUGUAUCACGAAACACAACAGAGAGAUCACACUACAGAGAAUGGAGAGGAUUUCCUCGUGAUGUUUCCUUUUCCUGGUGUUGUCGCUAAGCCGGAGAGACACACGUUGUACUGCGCACUGAAGAAAUAGGUCGCGGCGAAUGUUAUCGUGUUAUCUGCGGCAGUCUGGUUACACCUAUCAACCAAUGAGCCAGCUGGGGGCAAGGAGGGCACCUCGGCAUGUUCGUCUAAGAGUAUAUGAUUGCAGACGGUGGCACAAUUAACCAGGAAAUGCUGACGUCCCGAAGAACGACCAGCGAACGACCAGCUUAUAGCAUUUCUGUAAGGAGUCAACGCCUGUUACAAUGGCUCGCCUGUGCAAUAGAUGGCGGUGUCUGUUGUGUUUUGGAGUAUCAUUAGUAAUUCUUUUCUUCAUCAACCGUUUCCUGCCUCACCAUGUAUAUCCACGCUUCGCACUUCAUGACGAAGUACGUGUCAUUCCUAACACCCAGCCCUUGACAAUCCCUGUUAAAACUACCCUGAUUCCCAAACAGGAGACCGGCGUGAUUCCCAAACAGGAGACCGGCGUGUACCGUUGGAAACGAGGCAAAUGGGUUAGGAUUCCUGGAUUCUGUUCCGCAGUGAAAGGGUUAAAGUUCGCCCAACUCCGAAGCUCGGCGGGUACUAUCAAGAUGUAUAUCCAUGACGUUAAGGACGACGUCCAUGUUUCCGGGUCCAUUCAGAGAUCUGGAAUGUGGGAAUCUGGGGGAGUUCAAACAAUGAUCUCAACACUUAGAGACAACCCUGAUAUGGGUAUGCUUGACCUUGGGUCCCAGCUAGGGACGUAUUCCUUGACGGCUGCGUUGAUGGGCCGCCACGUGGUCGCUGUCGACCCGCUUGUGGAGAACGUAUUGAGACUGUGUGCAACUGCACAGGAGGCAAAACUGGCUGACCGGAUCACUAUUUUAUUUGCAGCGCUCUCUGACGACUACAAGACUGUCACCUUCAAACGUCAAAAAGCAAACAUAGGAGGUACCGUUAUCAAACAUGUCCCGAACACAACGUUUGACAUCAACGACAACUACAACCCAAACUUCAUCUCCACUGUUCGUCUUGACGACGUCUUGCAAUUUGUUGAUUUCCCGAAAGCCUUUGUCAAGAUUGAUGUUGAAAACCAUGAAUAUGAAGUCUUGAAAGAAGGUACCCAACUGUUUUCUAAAGUUGAUGUCCGCAAUAUUCUAAUGGAAUGGUUUCAAAUAAAAAAGACUGCAAAUGCUCCCAAACUAAGGGAUUUCCUUGUCAACAAAGCAUUCAAACCUAUGUGGAUGAACAGAGUCAGGCAGCUUCCUCACUCAAGCUACGUAUCAUGGCCGAAUGAUGUCAUGUGGGUCAAACAGUAACAACAAACGGAAUAUUCUUGUGUUUAUGUGUGCGUGCUAUCGUGCGUACAUCUCUGUGUGUUAAUAUGCGACUGUGUAAACGUACGCGCGCGCGCGCGCGUGUGUGUGUGUGUGUGUGUGUGUGUGUGUGUGUGUGUGUGUGUGUGUGUGUGUGUGUGUGAGAGAGAGUGUGUGUUAACUUGCUGGCGUGUGUGAGUAUGCAAUCGUGUGUGUGAGAGUGUGCAAGCGUGUAUGGGAGGAAUUGGUUUGGAACAGGUGAAAUUCACUGUUGCAAUGUGUUAUGUCCUUAUGAACUAUUCAGGCCUAUACUGUCUGAAGGAAAAGGAGAUCUGGUUUGGCAGCUGAAGCUAAACAAGUAUGUAAUUUCCAUACAAACUCCCAUUCUUCUCCACCCCUACCCUAUUUAGAGUGAAGUGUGUGAGCGACAGGAUGAAACAUAAUGUUUACAUAUUUGCCAUCUAAAACACUACAGAGACAAUCAAGGAUGUGCCCGGAAGGAAAUAUCAGUAAUAGAACCAGAUAAUUAGGCGUGAGGAACGAAGGCGUCAUCUACCGUGCCCUUCAAUGCCCUGUAGAAACUGGGAACAAUGCCCUUCUGUGUCCUGUAGAAACUGGGAAUAAUGCCCUUCAGUGCCAUGUAGAAACUGGGUGCAAUGCCCUUCAUUGCCCUGUAGAAUCUGGGAGAAAUGCCCUUCAGUGCCUUGUAGAAACUGGGAACAAUGUCCUUUAGUGCCCUGUAGAAACUGGGAACAAUGUCCUUCAGUGUCCUGUAGAAACUGGGAACAAUGCUCUUCCGUGUCCUGUAGAAACUGGAAACAAUGUCCUUCAGUGCCUUGUAGAAACUGGGCGCAAUGUCCUUCAGUGCCCUGUAGAAACUGGGUGCAAUGUCCUUCAGUGCCUUGUAGAAACUGGGUGCAAUGUCCUUCAGUGUCCUGUAGAAACUGGACGCAAUGUCCUUCAGUGUCCUGUAGAAACUGGAAACAAUGUCCUUCAGUGCCUUGUAGAAACUGGGCGCAAUGUCCUUCAGUGCCUUGUAGAAACUGGGUGCGAUGUCCUUCAGUGUCCUGUAGAAACUGGACGCAAUGUCCUUCAGUGUCCUGUAGAAACUGGGAACAAUGUCCUUCAGUGCCCUGUAGAAACUGGGAACAAUGUCCUUCAGUGUCCUGUAGAAACUGGGAACAAUGUCCUUCAGUGUCCUGUAGAAACUGG